UUUUUCAAAUGUUUGAAUUUCCGUGUAGGCUACACCCCUGCUGUAUUUCCGGUAUAUUUCCCCUGCUCUCCAUCUUCCCACGAAACUAUUGAGUCCCAUCCUUACAUUUCCCCCCUCUCGCGUCAAAACUGCUUCAAAUUUUAUCGUAACCAAGCAGGCUAUCGACCGGCACCGCGACGGGGUGAAGCAGAGCGUGUUAGAGGAUGAUGUGUUGAAGGAGGAGCUGAGGGAGUUACUGUGUGUCGGAGAACUUUGAGAGGCAGCGGCGACGAAGGCUGCUGUCGAUGCGGAGAACAUUCGCGCACUGGUCGCCUCUAUAGAGACGCUGAAGCUACACUCCCACAGCAACAUCGGCCGCGCUGCCUACAACACCGUCAUUGCCGCAGCUGCUGGAGCGGAGCACACGUGCGAUCCUGAUGACCCUUGCACCCCGGAUGAGCCGUGCGCACCUGCUGAGCCGCAGGGUGCCGUCAGCCUUGCCGCGCGAGCACAGGGUCUCGGUGUGAGAGACGGCACGUUCCGUGCAGCGCGUACCCGGAUGCACAGAACUGACCACACCAUACCUCCACAGGAAGCUUUGGAGAAGGGGAGAUACCUCUGGGCUCCUCGCAAGGAAAGGAGCGACAAGAUGGACGAACGUGUCAUGGGUUUGGCGAGGAGGUUCUGGCACUCUGACGAUAUUUCUCGUGCGUCGGGAGACUCCGGGACGAAAGCUAUGUGGAGGCCGUCCAAGAAGGCAGGGGAGGAGUAUCACCCCCGUAGGCAGCUCAUGGUUGCGGGGGACCAAGUGUGGCGCAAGUUUCUGAAGUGGCCGGAGUACUUGGGGCUUAAGGCGGAGCUGCUGAGGGAAGACAGCAGCUUCGCGGACCCUGGGCGGACGCUGUUCCUCUCGACGCGGUGUGGGUGUUUUAGUGGAACCCAAGGUAUCGCAGUGUGCAUGCCAGAUCCACACGCAGCAGGGGCUGUACCUGAAGGCCUUCGAGAUGUUGAUGCCUGCAAUGCAUGCCAACUGUGACUGCACGUGCAAGUGGUGCGACGGGGGGAGUGGGUGUGGAAAGUGGAUGGCCAUGUGUAAAGAUCUGCACAGCUUUUCAGAGGCUUUGGCUUGCGAGAAGGUAGACUUUCUUGAGGAGGACCGAGGGGGUAGGUUUGAGCACUGGGGGAGGAAGCCCGCAUGCGUUGCGAUGGAAUGCUCCGAAUGCGGGUUUGGCAACCCAGGUGGCAUCCCCAUGAAAUGCGAUGCCCUGGGGUCUAUGGCGGACAGACU